CCUGGACCUGAAGUGCAUUCUACUGAACCUUUAUGAAGUUAUUGACAAAUGCUCUGACUGGCACUACCGAUGGUCCCUAUUCCUCCCACGUGUAGUGCUGAGAGGGAUGCAAUGUGUGAGCGUAUGCCCCCUCCGGAUACACCAUGCCACUCUCCAGCGACAACCUCAUCUGCCCCAAGUUCCAGCCCAACAUCUUCGACUCCUCCCGCUGUCACGACUGCCUGCGGCAGAAACACCUGCACGCUGGCACACCUGCAACUCAGCAGGUGAGCCCUGGCACGAACCUGAGCCAAGGACAACAGCUAGUGCCGGAGGAGAAGGACUCAAGCGCCAAGGUAAGAUGGAGAGUAAGGGGGGGGGGGGUUGCGAUUCCGAAUGACACACUCUUGUCACUGUGAUAGGCGAGACGGUUGUAGACAUUGAAGAUCAGGAGAGGAUUAGAGGAAAUGGUAUAUAAAGCUGUUGUUGAAGUAACGGAUAGCACUGCUAUGGUAAUAUAAUGAUACAACUUCAGAAUGGAUAUUGUUCAGAAAGCAGUGGUGUGGUCGGAGAAAGAGGAGAAAAAGUAGUAGAGAAAGAGGAGAAAAAGUCUUGCAUAAAGACGUUUCCUGUGAAGGUUUUUUUUUUUAGAAAUGCCAUCUCACAUGCUACCCUAAUGAAUGAAGUUAGAACCGAAGCAGGGUGGAGUACCAAGAGAAACAGAGAACAGAGAGAGAGUCUAAGACCAAGGCUGUGGUGAGUGUGUGCUCCCAUUAUAAAUUCAUGAAUGGAGAUCAUUUACUGCCCUUUUGGGAAUCACUGGUAAUACAAUACACAUCAGUAGAGAACAGAAAGCACAGGGUUAAGUCUACACAUUGUAUAUCAGUAGAGCACCUGAGUAAGAAAACUAUACUUCACAUCUACAACAUUGAUUAUGUGUUUCCCUGAUCUGACCCACAUAAUGCAAGUAAAACAAAACUUGUGCUUAUAUUCAGUGUCACUAGCUAACUAUGGGAAAGAAUAUAUGCUGUCUAAGAUUAUUUCCUUGAUUUCAUUUAGAUGCAUUGUUUUGCAAAAUUGUGAGGACUUAACUUAAACAUGACAUGUCUAAAACUUUAUAAAAGCCAAUAUGUUUAUAGUUAGGAAUGGGUGGAGAUGUUAAAGCACAAAAAAGAGGACUGCCAUGAAAUAGUGAUGAGGAGAACCACGUUCUAGGUUUGAAUUACAGUAGAUAGGUUGAGUGUAACCCUAAUCGACUCACAGACAGCAUGUAUGAGUGUGUUAGUAACAGGUGUAGAAAUAGCGGAAGACCAGGACCGAGGACAGUACCACUGGAGUAUUUUCUAAAACUCUCCACUUAGGUUUGUACUGGGAAAAAUAAGUGCUGGGGUAGUUGUGCUUGUUUAUUAAGAAUUGUAUUCUGUGUUAUAUAUGUAGCCUAAGUUUAUUUUUGCUGUACUGUAACCUACUGUUACAAAGUACAACUUGUGUAUGGUUGACUGUUGCCAGAAAUUCAUCUAGCUCUUCCAAAAUACUUACAUAUGACUCUAAUAUAUUCAUCUAGUUAGUUGUCAUUCUCAUACUUGCAUUGAAAUGGCUUAAGAACAAUUGGCCAAGCUAUGAAUUUCAAAUACUUAUUGACCUGUUUGGCUGGUGUUUUUUUUGACUGCCAUGAUGUUUGGUUGUUGACUUGCCAGGAGGAUUCUGAUGUGCAGUCAGUGGUAAGCAGCUACUGUGACGUCAGCGGGGAUCAGAGAGGCUAUGAGGAGAGCUCGCUGCACAUUCUGAGUCCUGACUGUCAACUCUACCUCUGUGACGGAGACGACGACGAAGAUAGUACAGACAGUCAGGACCAGUGUGACUAUCCGGACUUCUUUUACUCAGCAAGUGCAGACGACGACUAUCCCCCUGUUCACCGCAGAUCUGACCGCUCAAGCAUGACCCGUUUGGAUCCACCACCCCACAGACCCAACCCUCGUGCAUGGAUGGAGGAAUCCCGGAGCAAGGACAGCUUUGGUCGACACUCUGUUGGCUCCAGAGGAGAUCGAGAGCGGGAGAGUGGUUACUUCUCACUAGGGAAGGCAGGAGGUAUCCGCUCUUCACGUGACCAAAGCCCCUCACUCCCUUACAGACAUUUGGAGAGGGGACAUCCAAUCCCAAAUAACCGAAGCCCAGAUCGGAAAGACACAAUACCAUUUCGAAAUCCUGACCUGGGAGUGCCUUCCCACAGGAGGAGCUCUGAGUUCCAAAACCCAGAUUUCCUUGAGGAGAGCCCCCCACCAGAACCAACUCCCCUGGAACGCAGCAUUGAAGUUGAGGCACAAGUUGGUCCCCGAUCCCCAAGCCCCACUCCUUUCAGGCAGGCUGAAGCUUUUGCCUCUAACAAGACUCGCAAGAGUGCAUUCUCCAGAGGCAAGUCCCCAUCAGAACACUCUUCAUCUCAGCAGCAAUCCAGGAGGGGCUCUAGCCUGUCUCGUUCUUCUUCUCCUGCUCGGGGGACUUCCUCAUCUAAAAGGAGUGAGUCCGUAGUGUCGCUGAAUAGCCGGAGCCCUGGUUCAAGUGCUUUCUCGCAAGGCCUUGAUCACAGAUCUAGAAGUCCCUCCUCUCAGAAUUCCUUUGGACGAGGUUUAGAUUCAGGAGGUGUUCAGAAAGACUUUCGGUCAAUCGCAAGCUCUGUGGGCUCAAAAUCUCUCUCCAGCUCUUAUGCAGACCUGAGAGGGUCAUUGCGCAAGGCUGAGUCGACCACUUCUUUAGCCUCACGUGGACUUAACAGUCAUAGUUCCUCUCCUUCUAGGAGGGGCUUUGAAACCCCUGGCCAAUCGAUGUUGCGCAAAAGUGAGACAAAUGGGGUCUUAAGUGGCCAUGGUCGUGAUACAAGAAGUUCGUCAAUUUCAAGAAAUGGAGCCUUUAGUGGCCAUGGUCGUGAUACAAGAAGUUCGUCACCUUCAAGAAAUGGAGCCUUUAGUGGCCAUGGUCGUGAUACAAGAAGUUCGUCACCUUCAAGAAAUGGAGUCUUAAGUGGCCAUGGUCGUGAUACAAGAAGUUCGUCACCUUCAAGAAAUGGAGCCUUUAGUGGCCAUGGUCGUGAUACAAGAAGUUCAUCACCUUCAAGAAGGGGAUAUGACACCCCUGGUCAAUCCAUGCUUCCUAAAAGUGAUACAAGUUCCUCAGCUGCUUAUGGUCCUGAUAGAAAAAAUGCAUCACCUACUAGAAAAAGCAAUGAUCACCAAGGCCAUUCCUUUUCACAGAAGACUGAGAGAAACAGCUCCUCAUAUAGUCGUGAUUCUCAAAGUCCCUCACCUUCUAGGAAGGGCUUAGAGACUACAAGACCAUCCAUAAAACACAUAAAUGAGACUAAAAGCUCUCUCAGUCGUAGUUCAUCUCCUUCUAGGAAAGGUUAUGACACUUCUAGCCAAUCAGUACUGCGCUUUACUGAGACAAGUCGCCCAAUACACUGCCAAGGCCUUGACAGUCGUAGCCCCUCCCCCUCUAGAAAGGGCUCUGACACACUUCGCCAAUCCGUUCAACGGAAAUCUGAGACUGACAGAUCUAGAAGUAUAUCUGGCUGUAACAGUAGGAGUUCUUCUCCUUCUAAAAGAGGCAUUGACCCAUCUAGUCAGUCAGCACUGAGGAAGACAGUGAGUUACGAUUCUAGAACUAGUGUCACCACUUCACAAUUGAAAAAAUCAGUGAAUAGUCAUGGUAGAUCAGAUUCAAAUCCUCCUCCUAGUUCCUGGAGAGGCUCUUCUCGUUCGCUCAGUAGUCCGCCAAUCUCCCGUAGCCCCUCCCCUUCAAGAAAGAUCUCAGAAAACAGGCCACUUGAACGUUCUCAGAGGCCAUCAUCUGCUGUCUUAGGAAAUGGCAGAAAUGGGAACAGAAGCAUUAGUAGCAGCAGCAGCAGGCAUAUCAUGGAACAUCGUAGCCUCUCUCCAGAGGCAAGGAAGUCAUCAGGCCAAAACCGAAGCCAGUCCCCUCAGUUGCGCAGGCUCACCUCCUCCCAAAGUUCCAUGGAUUCCACUGAGUCUAGUCACCUUUCCGGGGGAUCCACUGGAUUCAACAAGGAAGAGUACGCCAUGUUGGCCGACCUCCCGAAGGUCAAGACAAUAUUUCACAAAGAGGGGCCAAACCGUCUUGGGAAACUUGAAAGCCACCCUUCAGGAGAGGAGAGACUGUACAAACCAGCAAGGUAA